AUGGGGUUCACCUCCCGAUUUCUCCGCAUUCCGCGGCCAGAGACCUUUCUUUAUGUGAUGAGCUUAGAGACUGGUGCUUCUUUAAUCACCCUAUCUCUGCUAUUGAACAAGAUCAGUGGCCUCUAUGGUCUGUUGGCCCUUUUGACCGGAUACCACCUGUCCCCCGUUCAAUUGUCGAUGUACCUUUAUUCUCUCGUCGCCCUCGGACUCGCCGCACUCCUUUUCCCUCAUAUUCGGAAACAAUCACCGCUACAAUGUCUCUUCCUCGCCUACCUUUACGUCUUCGACAGUCUGAUUAACGCCGCCUACACUGCCGCAUUUGGUGUGACUUGGUUCCUGGUGGUUUCGCAGCAUUACGACAGUGGCAAGGGAGCAGGCCCAGGUGGUGACACCAUCGCCCAGACCGCUGGCUUCACUAGCCCGAAAUACGAUGCUGCCUACGUCGAAAUUCAAAACACCAAGGAUGGUAACAAGUUUGUCGCACACCCACCUCGCGCCGCCGAAGACUUGAGCAGUGCCGUCCUCCAACCCGAGUCUCUCCCGAGUAUCAUCUUCAUCUCCCUCCUGUGGGCCAUGCGUGUGUACUUUGUCCUGGUGAUGCUUGCAUUUGCGCGCCAAACUAUCCGCCUCUGGGUUGCUAUUCCCCGUCAUACUCAGCUCCCGACCCACAGUCGCAAUGUGUCAGUGGCCAGCGUGGCUGAUAUUGACCGCGAGCCCUUUUCUGCCUACAGCCCCGAGGGCCAGGGGUGGAAAGGAAAGCUGGGCCGGUUCAUGAUUGGUAUUGGUCACAACUACUGGCUCGGCGAAGAAGAGGAUGGAAACUGGCUGAGUGGAAUUAACCACAAAUUCCGCAACCGUUCGAGCCCUACUGAGCUUCCUGGCGCUCUGGAGAGAGAAAGAAGACGCCGGUCCGGAACUGGCCCGCCACAGCCGUCGCGGUCCGUCGUUCAGUCCGCCACCGCCCAGCAGCCAAUUCCCGAGCAUGUCCCAGGCAUGAAUGUUAAAAUGCAAGACUGGAGUGCGCCUCGCUAA